AUAAACAAAGUCCAUGGACUUGAUCACGAGACACUCAUUUCUUCAUCAAUUGCUUUUGUUUUCUUUAAUUUCCUUAUCCUAUGUCUCCGGAACACAGUUCAGCUUCCCAAGGCUCGGAGCACUUCGAAGAACAAUCCGAAGCAAACCUCAAACCGGAUCGAUCUCAUCGGUUUCAGAGGAUUUCGAGACCCUUUUUUACAACCAGACUCUCGAUCACUUCAACUACAAACCUGAAAGCUUCACCAUCUUUCCUCAAAGAUACAUAAUAGAUUCUAAACAGUGGGGAGGUCCAAACACUAUUUCACCAAUCUUGGUUUAUUUUGGUGCCGAAGAGUCAUUGGAUUAUGAUUUAUUUGGCAUUGGUUUUCUCAGAGAUAAUGCCCCUCGUUUCAAGGCUUUGCAGGUAUAUAUAGAGCAUCGGUUCUAUGGAAAAUCCGUACCAUUUGGAUCAAGGGAAGCAGCUUUAAGAAACGCCAGUGUUAGGGGUUACUUCACCUCAGCUCAAGCUAUUGCAGAUUAUGCUGCCAUUAUCAUUCACAUCAAGAAAACAUUCUCGGCAAAGAAUUCUCCAGUGAUCGUCAUCGGAGGAUCAUAUGGUGGAAUGCUUGCUGCAUGGUUUCGGCUGAAAUAUCCACAUGUUGCUCUUGGAGCUCUUGCAUCCUCAGCUCCAAUUCUUUACUUUGAUGGCCUUGCACCGCAAGUUGGUUACUACGCCAUUGUGACCAAGGAUUUCAAAGAAACUAGUGAAAGAUGCUAUGAAACUAUCCGGAAAUCAUGGGAUGAAAUUGAUAAAAUUGCUUCCAAGUUUAAUGGUCUUUCAAUCCUCAGCAAGAUGUUCAAAACUUGCAAAAAAUUGAAGAGAAGUUUCGAUCUUAAAGACUACUUGGAUUCAGUAUAUUCUGAAGUAGCUCAAUAUGAUUGUCCCCCAACGUAUCCCCUUAAUAUCGUCUGCCGUGGCAUCGAUGGAGCCCCGAAGAGGACGGAUAUACUUGGCCGAAUAUUCGCCGGUGUCGUUGCUUAUAUGGGAAAUAAAUCAUGCUAUGACAUGGAGGAAUUCAACCAUCCAACUGAUGAAACAUAUAUGAGUUGGAAAUGGCAGACAUGUAGUGAAAUGGUGAUGCCUAUAGGCCAUGAACACAGUGCUUCAAUGUUCCCACCAUCGCCAUUCAAUCUAAACAAGUUCAUAAGGAAGUGCAAGAGCUUAUUUGGUGUCCAACCUCGUCCACAUUGGGUGACAACUUACUAUGGAGGCCAUGAUUUAAAGUUGAUUCUCCAUAGGUUUGCCAGCAACAUCAUUUUCUCUAAUGGCCUCAGAGAUCCUUACAGCAGUGGCGGGGUAUUGGAGAAUAUAUCAGAUAGUGUCGUUGCAGUAUAUACAGUAAAUGGAUCUCAUUGCCUGGAUCUUUUACCGGAAAUGAAAACUGAUCCACCAUGGUUGAUCAAGCAACGAAAAACAGAAGUUCGGAUAAUCGCGAGCUGGAUUUCAAAGUAUUACACUGAUCUGAUUGUGUUCAGAGAUAGAACCUGAGUGCUAUCAUACAUAUGAGCUGCUCCAAGUUAAUCAAAAGAGAAUAAGUAUAGUGGCCAU